UUUAUGCGCCUGCUCUUCCGGCUCUCGCAGACUUGCUGCAGGGGUGUACUGAUUGGGUAAGGUGCAGUCAUGGAGGGCGCUGUCGCACCUGAGCAGACCGAGGGGGUCGAGGAAAGUCGCGGAGUGCAGGUGGUGGCGGAGCCAGGAGGAGCCCUGGUGGAGCUCACCCCGACCCCCGGCGGACUGGCCCUGGUGAGCCCCUACCACACCCACCGGGCCGGGGACCCCUUAGACCUCGUGGCGCUCGCAGAGCAGGUGCAGAAGGCUGAUGAAUUCAUCCGAGCAAAUGCCACCAACAAGCUGACUGUCAUAGCUGAGCAAAUCCAGCAUUUGCAAGAACAAGCCAGGAAGGUACUGGAGGAGGCUCAUAGAGAUGCCAACUUGCACCACGUGGCUUGUAAUAUGGUGAAAAAACCUGGCAACAUUUACUACCUUUAUAAGCGGGAGAGUGGCCAGCAAUACUUUUCCAUUAUUUCUCCAAAGGAGUGGGGGACGAGUUGCCCGCAUGACUUUCUUGGCGCCUACAAGCUACAACAUGACUUGUCCUGGACUCCAUACGAGGACAUUGAGAAGCAAGAUGCUACAAUCAGUCUCAUGGGCAAGUUGCUGAGCCAGUCGGUGGCCCUGCCUCCAUGCACCGAGCCCAACUUCCAAGGACUGACUCAGUGAGAGUCCUCUCUUGACAGAACAGCUCUCAGGACAAGGACUCGGCCGUCACCUCCCUGUUGCCCCCAUUCUGUGCUUUGAGGGGAGGUGUUUUGAGAAUUGAGAGCAUGUGGUGAGUCAUGAACUUCUUGGAAGGAAACGCUGUGAAUGUAAAUGUUGUCGUUAUUACUUUUAGGUGGGGUGACAAUGAAUUGCAUCAUUCUCUUUGAGACCCUCUGUAGGCCACAGAUACCCACCAGAGUAUUGACCAGUGGGUCUUCCUUUUUCUCUGUCUUCCCUCAAGUCAGAGCAGGAGAGAAAGAAGAGUUCUAUCUUCCUACAAAAAGGCCGGCACAGAGAACUGUCCCAGUCUGUUCACAGCUACCAUCACUUACGGCUGGGGCUGAGGUUUUACCGCAGUUGGUCAAAUCCAGCUUCAAUAACGUCUGGGAACAAGGAUGUUGGGUAAUGGAGGGUGAUACUUUAAGAAGAAAAAACUUAUCUCUCGAUCAUUAAAAAAAUAAAACCCAAAUGGUGUGGCUGGACUAGAGGGUGUGAUUGUGGA